UAAUUUCGUUGGAUAACCAAUUCACUUGGAUAACCAAUGACGUUUCCCCUUAACCCAAGUCCAUCAAUCAUAGAACCUAGUUCUUUAUAAAUAUAAGCAAUAAAUAUAAGCAGAUCUAGCUUAUUGUUUCUGUUUAUUUUCUUAUCAUGUGCAGUUAUUAAAUAUUUAGUGCCGCCGGCUCAAUGAUUUCAAGAUUUGUCUUGGUUCAAAGAUCAAGAUCUAAUAUAGCUUAAACUUUUUAAGUGCAAUGAGUUAAAAAAAACCAUUACAUUUUACAAAUCUCAAUCAUGUUACUGACCAACUUUUGGAUCUUAAAUAAAAUACUUGUUAUUUUUCAACUUGCAACCUCUCAUACACACAACACCAUAAUUGACAAAUAUGCUUCAAAUAAGCUCAUAUUUUACUGUUGUUGCAAUUGCUUUGUUAUUUUCAUCUACAUCUUAUGAUGCAGCUGGUAAUCAUGAAAACUUUGUCCAAUGUCUUGAAAGUUAUUUUAAUCAUAACUCCACUUCAAUCUCUAAGGUUGUGUACACCCAAACACACUCCUCAUACUCAUCUAUACUACAGUAUUCCAUUCAAAACCUUAGAUUCACAUCCAACACUACUGCAAAACCCCUUGUCAUUGUGACACCUCUUGCAGUUCCAGAAAUUCAAGCCACUGCAAUCUGUUCUCAACGCCAUGACAUGCAUAUUCGAAUUAGAAGUGGUGGCCAUGACUAUGAGGGUCUGUCCUAUGUUUCAGAAGUUCCAUUUGUUGUCAUUGAUCUCAUAAACCUUCGAGAAAUCAAAGUCGACGUAGAAAAUAACACUGCAUGGGUUCAAGGAGGAGCAACUGCUGGCGAACUUUUGUACAAAAUUAACCAGCAUAGUAGAACUCACAGCUUCCCGACCGGUGUCUGCCCGACCGUCGGUGUUAGUGGACUCAUCAGUGGCGGUGGCUAUGGAUUCUUGAUGCGUAAAUACGGUCUUGCAGCUGAUAAUAUAAUUGAUGCUCACAUAAUUGAUGUGAAUGGUAAGAUUCUUGACAGAGAAUCAAUGGGUGGGGAUCUGUUUUGGGCUAUUAGAGGAGGUGGAGGAUCAAGCUUUGGAGUUAUCAUAGCAUGGAAGAUAAAACUAGUUCAUGUUCCAUCAACUGUAACAUUGUUCAGAGUUCAUAGAACACUGGAACAAAAUGCAACAAAGCUUAUUCACAAGUGGCAGUUAGUGGCAAAUAAGCUUGAUGAGGACCUAAACAUUAGGAUCAUCUUGGAGAGGAUGAAUUCAAGUACUCAAACAAAGAAGCUCACAAUAAAAGUCACAUUUGAAUCCUUGUUUCUUGGAGAUGUAGAUAGUCUUAUUCCUUUGAUGGAAGAAAAGUUUCACGAGUUGGGUUUGGUUAGAGAAGAUUGUUUUGAGAUGAGUUGGAUUGAAUCAAUACUCUAUCUUGCUGGAUUUACAAGUGAUCAACCUCUUGAAGUUCUGUUGAAUAGAACUCAUGAUAAUGUGUUGUUUUUCAAGGCAAAAUCUGAUUAUGUUAGAGAUCCAAUUCCUGAUUUCGGGUUAGAAGAUUUAUGGCCAUUGUUUUAUGAAGACGAGGCAAAAGCCGCAGUGUUGAUACUAACUCCUUAUGGAGGCAGAAUGGAUGAGAUUUCUGAGUCUGAAAUUCCAUUCCCACAUAGAGCUGGAAACAUUUACAAAAUUCAAUACUUGGUUUUUUGGCAAGAGGAAGGUGACGAGGUAGAAAAAAGGCAUGUAAAAUGGGUUAGAAAAGUUUAUAGUUAUAUGGAACCUUUUGUUUCGAAGUCUCCAAGAGCUGCUUAUGUGAAUUAUAGAGACUUUGAUAUUGGAGUGAAUAACAAAGGCUAUACAAGCUAUAAGCAAGCUAGCAUUUGGGGUCUAAAGUAUUUCAAGAAUAAUUUCAACAAAUUGGCAAUGGUUAAGACCAAUGUAGAUCCUUUAAACUUCUUCAGAAAUGAACAAAGCAUACCUUCUCUAUUGAGUUUUGAUAACAUAACUAAGCAUACCUUGUCUUGCGUAGAAGGGAUGGAACUAGAAUUUCCUGGAGCAGGACAUGUCAUAAUGAAAUAAGUUUAUUUGAAUUCUACCAAUAAGGCAAUAUAUUCUUAACAGAAGUCCUCAGAAUAUAUUUAAAAAUCAGUAUAUAACCAUGAUUUACUAAUAGUUAUAGUACUCUGCCCUACUUAUAUUAGAGAGUAAAUUAAUACUUUGUUUGCAUAGAUAGGUAUUAUAUCGAUUCAGUUUUGUCUGUACAUAUUUCCUAAUAUGGAAAAUGACUCCCACCUGAUAAAACGAUUUUGUUGUAACAAAUUAUGGAAAAUGCAUAACAUUGAACUAUUGCAUGCA